UCUCCUUGCUACAGACAGGGAGCAGAAUGAACUGAUCCCAGCAAACGGUUUCUUCCUUUCCUGAAUCCCCCGCUGCUUAUUUUAGCCGCUUCUCCACCCCGCCGGGAAUACCAUCCAGAUCUUAGUCCAGGUAGAUCUGACGUCAAGCGAUGGCUUUCGUCGAUUUGACGUGUAAACACUCAUUUCCAUUCUGGCUGGGAAGGGCUGGGGCUCCUCUCAGCCGGGAGACCAAAGCGCUUCCCCGAGCACUCGCAGCCGCCCGGCCUCUGCUAGAGCGCCUCCCAGCUCUUCGCAGAGCAACCGGGAGCCAGGAGUGAUUCAGAGCCCGCGGAGGGGGAAGAUCCGGGCUGCUGGCUUUUUCUCCUAUAUUGCUUCUUUUCCCUCGCUCCUUCCCACUUGUGUACGACUGAGUGCGAGAGCCAUGGAGCGGAGAGCCUGGAGUCUGCAGUGUGCUGCCUUCGCUCUCUUUUGCGCUUGGUGUGCACUGAACAGUGUAAAAGCGAAGAGGCAGUUUGUCAAUGAAUGGGCGGCGGAGGUCCCCGGGGGCCCGGAAGCAGCCUCGGCCAUAGCCGAGGAGCUGGGCUAUGACCUUUUGGGUCAGAUUGGAUCACUUGAAAAUUACUAUUUAUUUAAACAUAAAAACCAUCCCCGAAGGUCUCGGAGAAGUGCCCCUCAUAUCACUAAGAGAUUAUCUGAUGAUGAUCGUGUGAUAUGGGCUGAGCAACAGUAUGAAAAAAAGAGAAGCAAACGCUCAGCCCUAAGAGACUCAGUGCUACAUCUCUUCAAUGAUCCAAUGUGGAAUCAGCAGUGGUACUUGCAAGAUACCAGGAUGACUGCAGCCUUGCCCAAGCUGGAUCUCCAUGUGAUACCCGUUUGGGAAAAAGGCAUCACAGGCAAAGGAGUUGUUCUCACCGUACUGGACGAUGGCUUGGAGUGGAAUCACACAGACAUCUAUGCCAAUUAUGAUCCAGAGGCUAGCUAUGAUUUUAAUGAUAAUGAUCAUGAUCCAUUUCCCCGAUAUGAUCCCACAAAUGAGAACAAACAUGGGACCAGAUGUGCAGGAGAAAUUGCCAUGCAAGCAAAUAAUCUCAAGUGUGGGGUCGGAGUGGCAUACAAUUCCAAAGUUGGAGGCAUACGGAUGUUAGAUGGCAUAGUGACGGAUGCUAUUGAGGCCAGUUCCAUUGGGUUCAACCCUGGACACGUGGACAUCUACAGCGCAAGUUGGGGCCCUAAUGAUGAUGGGAAGACCGUGGAGGGGCCCGGCAGACUAGCCCAGAAGGCUUUUGAAUAUGGUGUCAGACAGGGGAGGCAAGGAAAGGGCUCCAUCUUUGUCUGGGCUUCUGGGAAUGGGGGGCGUCAGGGAGAUAACUGUGACUGCGAUGGCUACACGGACAGCAUCUACACCAUCUCCAUCAGCAGUGCCUCCCAGCAAGGCCUGUCACCUUGGUACGCCGAGAAGUGCUCGUCCACACUGGCCACCUCCUACAGCAGCGGUGAUUACACUGACCAGCGAAUAACAAGCUCAGACCUGCACAACGACUGCACUGAGACCCACACAGGGACCUCGGCAUCUGCACCUCUGGCUGCUGGCAUCUUUGCUCUGGCCCUGGAAGUAAACCCGAACCUCAGCUGGAGAGACAUGCAGCAUCUGGUUGUCUGGACCUCUGAGUAUGACCCACUGGCCAAUAACCCUGGAUGGAAAAAGAAUGGAGCGGGCUUGAUGGUGAAUAGUCGAUUUGGAUUUGGCUUGCUAAAUGCCAAAGCUCUGGUGGAUUUAGCUGAUCCUCAGACCUGGAGCAGUGUACCUGAGAAGAAAGAAUGUGUUGUAAAAGACAAUGACUUUGAGCCCAGAGCCCUGAAAGCUAAUGGAGAAGUUAUUAUUGAAAUUCCAACAAGAGCUUGUGAAGGACAAGAAAACUCUAUUAAGUCCCUGGAACACGUGCAAUUUGAAGCAACAAUUGAGUAUUCCCGUAGAGGGGACCUUCAUGUCACACUCACUUCUGCUGCUGGAACCAACACUGUACUGUUGGCUGAAAGGGAGCGGGACACAUCCCCUAAUGGAUUUAAGAAUUGGGACUUCAUGUCUGUUCACACUUGGGGAGAGAACCCUGUAGGCACCUGGAUUUUGAGAAUUGCAGAUAUGUCUGGAAGAGUGAAAAAUGAAGGGAGAAUUGUGAACUGGAAGCUGAUUUUGCAUGGGACCUCUUCUCAGCCAGAGCACAUGAAACAGCCUCGUGUGUACACAUCUUACAACACCGUUCAGAACGACAGAAGAGGGGUGGAGAAGAUGGUGGAUGCACGAGAGGAGCAGCCCACACAACAGAACCUGAGUGAGGACCCCCUGGUGUCUAAAAGCCCCAGCAGCAGCAGCAGUGUGGGGGAUAAAUGGGAUGAGCAGGUGGAGGGGGCCCCUUCCGAGGCCAUGCUGCAACUCCUACAAAGUGCUUUCAGUAAAAACUCAGCUCCAAAGCAAUCACCAAAGAAGUCUUCAAGUGCAAAGCUCAACAUCCCUUAUGAAAAUUUCUACAAAGCCCUGGAAAAGCUGAACAAACCUUCCCAGCUUAAAGACUCUGAGGACAGUCUCUAUAACAACUACGUGGAUGUUUUCUAUAACACAAAAUCUUAUAAGCACAGAGAUGACCGGCUGCUGCAAGCUCUGGUGGACAUUCUGAAUGAGGAAAAUUAAGCAAGUAUGUGGUCCCAAGUUGGAAAUAUUCACGCAUCUUCCUUCCCCCUUAGAAUUUGCUUGUGUCUGAAGUGGUUGUUUUGUCAUUGAUUCUAUGCUUAUAAUAUCCUUUGUGGUACUUUUCCUUUUCCUCCCCAAACUGUACAUUUGAAGGAGAUGAGCUCAGAUAGGAAAUCCAGCUUCCAGACUUGAUCAUAGCUCUUUCAAAAUAUGUCUUCCCUGCCUGCACAAAUGAAGUGUUUUGUUCUUUCUGGAGUCACAGUUGACACAUGACUCCAUGCAACACUAGAAUGCCUCCCUAAGCCUGCCGAUGUCAUUCCAUACAAGAAGGGGAAAGCCUGGGAGAUCCAUUAAUACGAAAAAAAUCUUUGCCAUGUGCUUCUUUGAAUUUUGAUGCUAAAGAAGCAUUUACAAAGUAUCGAAUUAAAAAGCUCACAACUAGGCCCAUACCCUAGAACCUAGACCUUUCUACUUCAAAGUACUACUCAUUGUGGGAGUGACAAUCUAGGCAUUUUGGAGAAAAAUCUGGAUCUUCUAGACCCAGAAACAGACCUUGAAAUUUGGUUGUCUGGUAAGAUGGGUUCCAGAACAUUCCUGCAUGCUUGACAUGCCUUGCAAGCCUUUAUAGAUCUAAGGUGGCUGUGACACAUGCUGCAUGUCCUGGUCUUCCUCUUGUUCUCUUUCUUUGGGAGGUUUCCCUACCUGUCUCCUUUCUCAGCCACAAAUUCAAUAUUGAGAGAUUAAUAUAUACCAUUUCCUCAGUAAAUUUAUACUCAUAAUUUGCUUAAUAAUAAUAAUAACAAUAAUAAUAAUAAUAAUAAUAAUAGCCAACCACUCCUAAUAUGAAAAGUCAGUGUAAUAACAGGAAAAUAUCUAUAAUGGGGAGAACCAGGGAGUGAUUUUGCUUAUUUAAAAAAUGAUGGUCACUAGAACAGAUUAGUCUGGAUAUUUGAAACUGAGUGUUCAUUUUUGGAUAUGAGAGGAUCUUCUUCCAUCUUCCAGCUGGUAGUAUCCAAAUUCUCCUCAAAUUGCUUCUUUCCUUCAAGUCAGAAGACAUGAAGUGCAGCCCAUAGGCCUUACUGAUUCCUCUGAUAGCAUCUGUUUGGCAUUCAGAAUGUUUUUUUAAUGAGAUAUUGUCGAAAAUAUAAAGUUUUGAAUAAAACUGGAUAUUUAGACCUACAUACAUCUGUGGAAACAGUUAAAACUGAGUAGCAGCUGCCCAGUUGGAUUUAAGGUCCAGGUCCCUCUGGCCUGCUCUACCCUACUUAGAUGGGGCACCUUAUUCCUUACUGGUCAACAUCCCAUAGGCAUUUGAAUUUCCCCACUUUUAUGCUAAUAUGUUCAAAGUGCAAAUGUAGUAGAAAAGAAAAAAAAGCUAUCCUCAACUUCUUUCAGGCAAGUUUAUCAUUAACUAUUAUGAGUUUGCUAUAAUCUAAUUAAUUUAAGUUACAUUUACAGGCAAAAAACUAGUUACUUUUUACACUUUAGGAAGUACCUCUGAAAUCUAGUUUGAAGACCAGGGAUUUAGCUCAGUAGUUCCAGCACCUGCAUCACAAGUGUGAGGACCCAAGUUCGAUC